UAAUAGUUGAAGCGGUGCUGUGUCACAGUGUGUCACAGUGUGUGUUGCUGUGCAACAAUCCUAGUCCUAUGUCCUUCAAUUCGCGGCCUAAAAGAAUCAGGCUAUGUUUUUCCCCCGUGCGAAUCCGCAGUAGUGAAAAGAAGCGCCAAUGCCAUCUCAUCGCCAAUCUUCGUUCAACUCGAGCUCCGGUACGCGUACCCGCAGCUCGCCGCUUCACGACGAACCCAUAUCUCCGCCAGCAAAACGAACGAAGAAGACGUCGUUAGCGACCCUAGACCAUGAUCCUGAGCCAGGGACUCGCACCCGUAGCUGCAGUGUUGCGAAAGAUGCUGAUCCGGGUUAUCCAAUGACCGGCGAGGGCACGGUGUCGUUUGUGCCAGGGAGUGCUCCCUGGCUUGUACGACUCCCUGGUCAGGAUCCGGGUCAAAGGCCAUACUGCCGUCAUUGUGAGGGUAGAGCUCUGUUUGAAAAAAUGGCGCCAGCAGGAAGGUGUUUUACGCAGGAGGCGGCCAUUCAAAAUGCAUUGGAUCACUUUCGAACUGCUGAUGCCUGCGUUUUGUCGGAGCACUACCAUGCAAGCGCGUCGUGUGAAGCCUCCCUUUACCUAUUGGCUACCUCAUUCUAUCGCAACAACGAAGUGCACCGUUGCUUGCACGCCAUCAAGAAGAAUGUACACCUCGUCAGCCCCAGGCUCCGCUUGCUGCAAGCUAGAUGCUGUGUGGAUCUAAAGCAGUAUGCUGCACUGCCAUUUUGUGUUGGGAUCGCCACUGAUGUUGGGAUCGGCCAGUUGGGACUCAAAAGACUUGAUGAGCUUUUUGGCGACCUGGCAUGCGAAGUUCUGGCCCUUUUGGGCCGUGCAAAACGCAUGCAAAAGCAACGGGAUUUUGCGUCACAGUAUUACCAAGCGAGCGUUGAGCGCAACCCGUUCAUCUGGUCUGCAUUCGAAGGCCUGUGCUACAGCGUUGCUGAUGUACCGAAUGUGGCCAGCAUUUUCACAACUGAGCGUAUUCCGCCUCGGUUCUACCCGUCUACUGGGUAUUCCACUUGUGCUGAGGAGAGCCACCCGCCGUCAUCGUUGGCAUGUCGGGGAAACUCUCCACCACGGCCAACCAAUGUAAUUCUUCAAACUACCGACGCUACACCUGAGAUGUUCUCGCCAGAUGCAGCCAGUACGCCUGGGCGAUACGAGGAUCUCUGUGGUCCUGUGCCUAGCUCAAGCGCAGUGGCUGCACGUGGUGUUGCAAAGAGGAUUCUGGUAGCUCAGCCACAGGAUGCAACUCCUCUUGGACAAAGCUACCCCGCGUCAACAGCCGGAGUGACAACUAGUGCAUAUUCGGCAUCCCCGCCAGUAACAACACAGGAGAAAGUCGCUGUUCAGAGCCUUCAGCUGGACCCGCAAGAGCCACGCCAGUCCAAAAUAACACCGACUGAGCCAGCGCCGGCGGUCAUCACAAAGUCAUUUGUGACUACGGGGAUGAGGACGAAGUAUGCUGCAGAAAAGCAAUUCACUGCUCCGAGGACGGAACGCACGAAACAGGGAGGCGCGUGGAACCCUCCAGCUGGCAGGAAACUGUUCAUUGAGUCAGCAAGUAACAGCGCUGCAUCUACGCCUGCACCGCUAUCGGCCGGACCGGUCACACGAUCUGCAGCUCGCCGACUGAUGCAAGACCGACACGUGCAGAUGCCAUCAUCUGUGUAUGGUGACAGGCCUUUGCCGGACGACAGUCUUGUGGCAACUGAAACACCUGCACCACAAGUUCGACCUCCAUUCUCGGAGAUCAAAGAAGACUUUACGUCUACAACGGGAUCGUUGAUGGAUGAUCUUCGUAGUCUAGCUGUAGCGGUGGCCAAUGAAAUGACAUUCAAGCUUCAGUCAGCCUUGUCGUUGUUUGAAAAACUACCCACAUGGAUGCGUAACACGUCUUAUGUUCUACGCAAGACAGCCAAGGCAUACUUUGAAAUACAACGUUACACAUCGGCGUUGAAGGCGUACAAGCAACUUGCGAUGCUUCACCCAUACUGUAUUGAUGGCAUGGAUACAUACUCAUCUUGUCUCUGGCAACUCAAUGAUGCUACAGCGCUCUCAAGCUUGGCUAAUAAGCUCAACACUUUUGCUCCGCAUCGCCCAGAAACUCUCUGUGCUGCGGGGAACAGUGCUAGCUUGAGCCGAGAACCCGAGACUGCAGUGCAGUUUUUUGAAAAGGCUGUUAAGGCGGACGAGUCGUUUCCGUAUGCACAUUCUCUGCUUGGAUCAGAGCUGUGCGCGCUAAGGAAAUUUGAUGAGAGCACCCACUGCUUUCGCACUGCAAUCGAGAUCUGCCCACGUCAUUACAAUGCAUGGUUUGGCUUGGGUCUGAUCGCAUUCCAAAAGGAGGAUUUCGUUAAAGCACUGCAAAACUUUGGAGUGGCAUUCAAGAUCAAUGGUUCCAGCUCUGUGGUGCUGACACAUGUUGGGCUGGCGUUCAAUGCUCAAGGAAACCUUGGCAGUGCAAGGCGAGUACUGCAGCAAGCCUCGCGUCUCAACCGCUUAGAUCCUCUGCCCGUGUUUCACCUGGCCUCGUUGGGAACUCGCGAAGGCAAAUUCCAGGAUGCUAUCAAAUUGUUGGAAAUAGUGAAGAAGCUUUCACCGAAGGAAGCGCUUGUGAAUUAUCUGCUUGGCAAGAUCUACAUGAAAUUGGGCAAGGUGGCUGAAGCCAGGACACACUUGGCCUGGGCGUCCAGUGUUGACCCGAAGAACAUGAGUGUGAUGGUUCAAACCUCUCUUGGCAACCUGGUAUCUGACAGCCUGACCACCGUUGAUACUUCUGCCGGCGACAGUGAAGAUGAAGAAGAUGAGAGAGUACUGUCUGGCUCCGCUAUGAUGAGUACGCACGAGAGCAUCUCUGAAGAUGACGGCAGUAGCUUCUACGAUGGACACGAACGCGAGGAUAGCCAGGUAGAAAGUUCCAUCAAUGACAUGUCUCUUUAACGAUGAUAGAGAUGAACUUCCUUUCCCUGCAAUGCAGAUCCGAUACGCAAGUAUGGCUGCGUUGGCAGACUUCUUGUUCUUUGCAACACUAUGCUUCAAAAGUAUCACACCGAAGAAGUCAAUUUCUGCAGCCUGUUCCUCGUUGUCUGUGGUGCUGUUUAUUUUCUCGCAUGUAGCCUCUGUUUUGCUGCCAUGGAUCCUUGUAGCUACUGGGCUGUUGCUGAUGUUGUUAUGCUACUGUAUGUCUUUGCUAAUUAUUUCCUUCUUUGUUGUCACUUGAUGUGUGUUCACUGGUUUGCUCUUUUCCUUAUCUUCACUGGCAUUGUAUUGGUCUUUACUUCCAUACAAUUUAUGCAACCCUAUGAAGUUCUGGGCCGAAACGAUUAUACCGAUUACUCGUAUAUCACUCGGUAUGGAUAAAAUCGAUAAUCGUUA